AUGCUUGCCAUUGCCAGAGUCGCCAGAGCUGCUAGAGCCGCCAGAGUUGCCUCGCGCCGGCUUCCUACCACCACCCCAGCGGUAGUGGCGGGACCCGCCCUCCGCCAGCUCUCGUCGUCGCGGCGCCAUUUGAACGCUACCCCUGCUGAAGAAACCCCGCUGACGCUGAAGUUCUUUGAAUACACUUGGGGCACGUGGUUGCACAACGACAAGUUGGAAAAAGCCCGUCGUCAGACCAAGUUCGACGUCGACAGCUUGACCCACCAAUUGCACACCUACAAGCCCCAAGCAGGGCUCCUCCCGCCGACGAAGCAGCUGGGUAUCAGCUGGCUUGACCACAACGUCGCCGCCCUCCUCGGUGAGCACGGACGCCAGGCGAAGCAGAUCUCGCUGAUCCACGAGGGGAAGCACCACCACGUGUACAAGAUUGACUUUGACGGCACCGACACCCUGUUGGUGUUGCGGGUGCCGUACAAGUUGGAGCUGGACGCCGCUAUCGCCCGCAAGAUCAAGCUGGAGGCGGCGGUGUUGGAUUUUUUGCACACUAAAGCCCAGCUCAACGUCCCCCGCCUUGUCGCCUACGCCCCCGACGCCCAGAACCCGGUGGGGUCGCCGUUCACGUUGAUGGAGUACGUGUCGGGUGAUCUUUUGAUGAAGCAAUGGAACCCGUUGGCCGAGGCCAGCGACAACGUCAACGAUGACUUGAAGCGGGUCAUCGACCCCAUCCUGGACUUCCAGGCCCAGGUGAACAAGUACACCUUCACCAAGUACGGGUCGCUCUACUUUGCCGACGACGUCGACCCCGAACACGCCACCGACGAACCCGCCUAUACCGGCGAGACCGACGACAACUUGGUCAACCGGUGGAAGAUCGGGCCGUCGAUCGAACAGCUGUACGCCAAGAACAAGCGGUUGUUGCCCGCGGAAACCAUCAAGCAGUUUGCUGGCCCUUGGCCCCGCGACAGCCCCGACGCCAUCAUCAGUGACCUCGCCCAGCUUGAGCUUGAAAACGCCCGCCAGCGGCUUGCUCGCGUCGCCGCCAACGCUGGCGGUGAUGCUAACAAGGACUUGCUCCGCGAACAGAUCAAGACUUUCGAGAACUUCGCUAAGGUCGCCCCUAAGUUGAUCAACCCCCACUCACCGCUGAUCAUGCACGUCGACGAGCAGUUCCAGCCGCGGUUGUACUUGCCCGACUUGGACCCGCUCAACGUUAUUGACGGUCCCAAUGGUUUAGUGUUCAUCGACUUUGAGUACGCGGUGAUCAAGCCGUUCUUGUACCAGCAGUACCCCCAGUUCAUCACCUACGACGGCGACAAGAUCUACGACCUUGAGAACGAAAUCCCCGAGUGGGACCAGUUGGACGAGCUCGACCAGGGCCACUUUAAGUUCAUGCACUACAAGACGCGUAAUCAGCACUUGUGGGAACACGCCCUCAACGACCGCCUGCACGACCUCAUCGCCAUCGCCCUGCCCCACAUCAAGAACUUGAAGGCCCCUUACGUCCACACCCUCAACAUCAGCAACGACGAGGACCACUUGUACGUCGAGGACCUGAUGAUCGCGUUGGCGCCGCUGUGGCAGGCGUACACCGACGCCCAGUUGACCAACACCGAGGACCCGGACUACCCGAUCAAAUACGACGAAAAGUACGUCGAGGAGAUGCAGUCGAAGUUGCGCGACUACCAGACGAUCUUAUCGCUGGAACCGUUCGCCGCCAUUGGCGGGUGGGUGCCCCAGGACAUGUUCGACAACUUGAAGGCACAAGGCUUCAUCGAGCAAGACCACAACGGCAACUACUCGAUCGCCAAGAACAAGGUGUUGCAAGAGGAUGACGCCGACACCGAAUAA